GGGCCCAAAGUUUACGUGUUAUUUGCCAUCUAACGUUGUGCCCAACCGCCAACCAACCACCAACCACUAACCACCGCUGCGAUGGCUCAGCUUAUUCGCUCUGCAAAGUCUGGCAGCGAUUGGACGGACGCUGAACUCAUCGCUUACAACGUCUCCAUCACGCCAACCUCCCCAGCUGUUUUUUUCCAAUCCGGUGCAGACCCGUCGCUCGACCAUCUUGAUCCCGCCAUCCUCACCUCAUCUAAUGCGGAAGACCCCAACCUCUCAGCGGCCACUGCAGACUACCUAGGCUACCUCGAUCUCGCCACCCAUGCCACCCAAGAAAGUGCCAUUGACGACUUCGCCGCCGCGACUCUGAGGCUCCUGGGCUUCAACGAACGACACGCCACUGUGGCCACCCGCUACAUUAUACCUCUCACCAUCUGCGGUGAGACUCGGGCGGCUCAAACAGAUGUAUGUGUUAUCUACCGCCCCACCACUAUACUACUCGUGCUCGUCGAGGAUAAGACACUCUUUAACAAGACCAACGCUGAGGCGCAGGUUGUGGCAGAGGCGAUCGCAGCGUUUCAAUUUAAUAACACAAAGCGCGCAGCGAGGGGCCAACAUGUCCUAGAAGUUAUGACCAUUCCCUGCAUCACGAUGUUUGGCACCACCCCCACCUUCUACCUCGUCCCUGUCACCAGGGAACUGAGUGAUGCCGUCAAGACCGCUCAGUAUCCAACGUCACAAACUCGGGUCUUGAAGUGCGUCACCAUUGCGGAGCAUCAAAGGUGGCUCAGUGAUGGAAUGGCGGACAGAGAAUUUCGAAAGCUUGCUCUCACACGCUUCGUCGCGUUCAAGACUCUUGCAAGAAGCCACUGGCAGCAGUACCUAGCUUAGCUGUUGUUUACCCAUCAUGUUCAAUGUGUGUUUCAUCAAUCUCAUUCUCUUUAUCACCAUGUUUCACUUCCCUUAGACUGGACCUUAUUUUCUGCCUGUUUUCUCCUCUUCUUUUGGCUUGUUUUCUUUCUCAUUAGUUUCUUUUAAAGUGCAUGGGUGCUAUGAGUGGCUCUUAGAGUGCUAUAGAUUACUGCAUUUUGACUGUUCAUAUAUGUGGGAAGUUGGCUGUUGUUCACAUUAGGUACUCAUCUCUGGCCACAUGUAGAUAUCACAAAUGUCUAUGUCUCUCCAACAUACCAUUGUUACUCUCCAUCAAAUACAUAUUUACCCUUACACUGC